AUGGAAAUAAACUCAGGCGAAUUAACAAAAACUGUCUAUACUUUAAUAAAAAGAAAUAAAUAUUUAGAAGCAAUUAAUGUGAUAUUAUCUGUACCUGGUGCUGAUGUUACACGAGCUGGAUUGUCAUUGCUUGGUCAUUGUUACUUCUAUACACAAGAUUUUCAAAGUGCUGCAAAUUGCUAUGAACAAUUAACUGUUACAUAUCCAGAUAUAUCCGAAUAUAAAUUAUACCAAGCGCAAUCGUUAUAUCAAGCAAGUCUAUAUGAGAAAGCGUUAAAAAUUGCUAAUGAAAUUAAUCAUCCAGAUUAUCAGAACGAGGUGAUUAAAUUAAAAGCCGCUAUUAAAUAUGGUGAAGAGGAUUUAAUAACAGCUAAAAAUUUCGUUGAUACUUGCCCCAAAGAUGAUCCCGAUACAGAAAUUAAUUUAGGCUGUCUAUUGUAUAAGGAAGGUCGAUAUGAAGAAGCAUUAUAUAAGUUUAUGCAAUCAUUACAAAUAACUGGAUUCAAACCACAACUACUAUAUAAUAUUGCUUUGUGCCAGUUUAGAUUAAAGGAUUACGACGAAGCAAAAAAAUAUAUUGGUGAUAUUAUUGAUCAUGGUAUAAGGCUUCACCCAGAAUUAAGUGUUGGUACAGUGACAGAAGGAAUUGAUUCACAUUCAGUUGGGAAUACAUUAUCACUACAUCAAACCGCUCUGAUUGAAGCAUUCAAUUUAAAAGCAGCAAUUGAAUUUCAAAAUGAAAACGAAAAUGCGGCACGUGAGGCAUUAACGGAUAUGCCACCCAGAAAUGAACCAGAAUUAGAUGCUGUAACAUUACAUAAUCAAGCAAUAUUAAGUGUAUCAUUAAAUGAUGGUAGCAAAGGUUUAGUAAUAAAUCCAACACCAGCUGCUACCGGUAAUAUUGAAGAAGCAUUUGAAAAAUUACAAUUUUUACUUCAACAAGAUUUAUUUCCGGCUGAAACAUUUUAUAAUUUACUUUUGUUGUAUUGUCGAACUGAUCGACAUGAAAUUGCUGCAGAUAUUUUAGCAGAAAAUACAGAGCUUACAUAUAAAUAUUUAACUCCGUUUAUGUUUGAAUAUUUGGAUGCGAUUAUAACCCGAGAAACUAGUGGUACGGAAUCUUAUUUAAAACUAGAUACGAUGAGCGGACGUUUAACGGAAGCAUUACGAAAAUUGACAAGAACUGUUCAAGAAGCGCGUGAACGUCAAGAUACACAAGCUGUUCGCAAUGCAGUUUUGGAGUAUGAUGAAACAUUGUCAAGAUUUAUUCCAGUUUUAAUGGCACAAGCGAAAAUUUAUUGGGAUUUAGGUGAAUAUGAAAAAGUUGAAAAGCUUUUUCAAAAGAGUGCAGAAUUUUGUAAUGAUCAUGAAGUGUGGAAAUUAAAUGUGGCACAUACUUUAUUUAUGCAAGGGAAUAAAUAUAAAGAGGCGGCAUCAUUUUAUGAACCACUUAUUCGAACACAUUAUGGAAAUAUUUUAUCUGUAAGUGCUAUAGCUUUAGCAAAUCUAUGUGUAUGUUACAUAAUGACGUCGCAAAAUGAAGAAGCUGAAGAAUUAAUGCGUAAAAUCGAACGCGAAGAAGAACAAUUAUUAUUUGAGGAUCCAAACCAAAAAUCUCACCAUUUGUGUAUUGUUAAUAUUGUGAUUGGUACUCUAUAUUGCGCAAAAGGAAAUUAUGAAUUUGGGAUAUCACGAGUAAUUAAAUCCCUAGAGCCACAGAAUAAUAAAUUAAGUGCAGACACAUGGAAUUACGUAAAACGGUGUCUUUUAAGUAUGGCAGAAAAUCUAGCAAUGCAUACAUUAGUAUUACGUGAUGCCGUUUUAUUGGAAUGUAUGCAUUUUUUGGAAAUGUGUGAAGUUUAUGGUCGUAAUGUAAGUCUAGUAAGUGAUAUCGAAGCAAAACGAAAUGGAAUGGAUAUAACUGGUAAGCAAUAUGUAACAUACGAAGCGCGUCUUUUGAAAUAUAUUUUAUUGAAAAUAAUGAAAAAUUAAUUAAUUUUAUUUGUUAAAUAAA